UCUGCUUGGCUUUUAACAGAUUUGUAGCACGUGCGAACUUCUCAUCCCCCGCCCACUUUGCCUGCUAUCUAGUCACUUAUCCUCGGUGAAGAUUAGGUAUUAUUCUCUGAGAUCGCCGGAGCCAAGGGUAAAGCUAAAACCUGCCGGAGUACUUUAUCUCUAAGAACGUUUGUCUGACACACGUGUCCGCAACCCCGCUUCCUUGUCUUAACCGAUUGUUGAAUAAGAGUGAUGGAGUCCCUGAUCGACAGUUUGGAUGGAGACAAGUGGCAGGCUGUGGAGGUUGCAGCCAAAGGUGAUGGUUUCGUAGAGUAUCGAGUGAUGAGGCAGCAUAAGGAAGACCCGAAAUGUACAUUUAAGUACGUCAUCCAAAAAGACGACAACGAGCCAAAGUACGUCUUCCUCGAGGGCUGCAAGGCCGGCAAAGACCCGCUGAAGGACAUCGGAACGAUAGAAAUGAGCCUGGAUGCUGAAGACAAAAUCAUAGGGAUCGACCUCGAUGGUGACAUUGUAGCCAAGAAAUAAGAACUGUGGAGCCUACUUCAGUUUCACCGAGACAUUCGGAACAUCUCGGUUAUAUAGUCCGAUUACUUGUCAUAACUCGGUGAAGGAAUCAGAAACGCCAUGUUCGUAUUUUAACGUUGAACCAAUCUGGGGAUUCUUUUUAAUAUCUUUCAGCAAGAAUGCAACGGUUCUGGACGCAUCUUCCUCACACUGUACGUUACGCCAACUUAACCGUCUGAGACAAACUUCUUCAUGAACUGUGGAUGAUGUUGGUCGAGUGUGUUCUGAAUGUGUUCUUCAGGAAACUUCUAUCAAUCGUCAAUAAAAGUCAAGCAUGGAAUGAUUACGAUGACUCUUAAUGUAUAUUUAAGCAGACAUCGACACAGACCGAUUUUACAUUGCCUUAAAAAUAUAUUAAUCAAAUUUGGAUAGUGAUAAUCAGUAUUUCUUUCAAUUUACAUAUACUUGACAUAUUUAUGAAUCGGUUUUGUGCAUCAUUAAAAGAUAAAAAUUGUUCUUAUCAAAAAUGGAGUAGUCUAUAUUCAGGGAAUGUAUUGGGAAAAAAUAAAUGCCAUUAUGAUUGUUAAAAGUGGAAAUUUCAUGAGAGUAACUUGCAAAUACUCGACAUAACAUACAGGGUAAAAUGUAUGCACUAAAUGACUAUCAAAUUUGAAUAAUUUGUAAUUUGGUGUAUAUAUUCCAAAAUAUCGUAUACCUGUAAGCUCAUAAGCUUCACUAUAAGCACGAUGCAUGUGUUCCGUCGAUGAAUCUUACAAGAAACAACUGGAGCCUUUGACAAAAUAUAAGUGACUAACAUUUCUUGUUUGUAUUUCCCAGUCGAGUGAAUGGACCUGGUGGUUUGCCGUAUUUCCUCUAAUAAACGCCCGGGGGGGGGGGGGGGGGGGGGGGGGGGUGUUAAACAAGGACCUGUAUGUUAAAAAAGCAACUACUCUGCAAUCCGGCCGUACGUGACAGGUGAGGUGAGGUGAGGUGAGGUGAGGUGAGAUGAAAUGGUACUCAACGUCGGGUCCAACAUCAUUGCACUUAUAUAGCGACGUGCAUGCACGUGUGUGUGUGUAGCUGCUUGUACUAGUCCGGAUUAAUGCCGAUUGACAGUGCUCGCCUACUGAGAUACCAUGCCACAGAUUAACAUGAACAACCCAACUCAGACACAGUAUACUGACUCCGAGUCCUUGUUUUAGCCCCUUAAUGCCGAACGGGAGGUAGAGUAACAACAAGUACCAUCUUGUAACGUCUUUUAGUAUGAAGCGGCCUGGAAUCUAACCCCGGACCUUCCGCUAUCCGCAGAUGCUCUACCACUCGACCACGAAUGCGGUCUCACGUGUGAUAGAGGAACGUUACUUAGUGCAAACAAACUCGUAACUAUGAUGACGAUACAGACACUGGGUCUCCUAUUAGCACUGGUGUAUAACAAUGCCCGUAAACAUUCACACCACGUACAAUUACCAUGCUGUUUAUUGAAGGAAAUACGGUGUUCCACUGUAAGAGAAGUAACAACAGAUAUUGAUGAGCUGGAUACAAUCCAUAUCAAAAUGUUGUCUUGUGUACAUAUACGUACAUAAUAGUUAAUCUUUCCUAUAAUCUUUUUCCUCCCCAAAACACAAUACCGACUUUAGAAGUAUAAGGCUUUUGUUUUACGUCAUCGAGAACAGUUCCAGGGCCUAGAUUUUCGAAACGAUCUUAGCCCUAAAAUUAUCGUAAAGUUAUCGUAAAGAAAUCGUAGGCUAUCGUAGCCUAUUUUCGAAACUAUCGUAGCCCUAAGAUAUCUUAAGUUUGUCGUAAAUCUAAGAUAGCCCUAUACCUGUCGUAAGUUUAUUUUAUCCUCAUCCAAGAUGGCGGUAUAAUUUGCUCUGGACAUUUUUCAUGAUGAAGAUGACAAUGAUUUGAUGACAAGACCGAGGAUAUUCCGAGACGGAACUCGUCCCCUCGAUACGCUUGACGACUUCGAGCUAUUCUCCCGCUACAGAUAGGUGUCGUAGCUCUGAGCGAUCUGCGACAGGUUUACGAUUGUUUCGAAAAUCUAUCUUAUCUUAGUAUUAGGAUAUCUUAUCUUUGAACGUAAGUAGUUAAGAUUUAUCUUAGCUAAGAUUGUUUCGAAAAUCUAGGCCCUGAUCCAUAAAACAGCCACCGUAAUGUGUGUAGACUUCACCCAAAGGAUAUGAUCAAUGUACUUGCUUUAUCUUACCCGUUGUCACUAGGAUAUAUGCUGCAUUGGUUUUGGCAACAUUACAACACUGGAGAGUUGCUGAUUUUUUUACAAGCUAGUUUGAUGUCAUGUUCCUUGAUGUAGAUGUUUUCCCCUGUUAUUAUUAUUUUAAAUUAUGAUUCUUUUAACCACUGCAAUAAAUACGUUGAUAUAUG